UGAGAAGACACACAGGCUCACAGUCUAAUACCGCCCUGGUGCAAAAUUGACUUCAGUACAGGGCACAUUUCUUAAUUAAUGUUAACUUUGUUUCGUAAAAUGAACCGGACUGAAAAAAUACUUAACUCGCCGUGAUUGUUGGUGCGGAAUUCACAUCCUAGUGGUCCUUAUAUCAAGCAACUAGCUCGCAUUGCCUUCACAGAGGAAUAGUGUGACUGACCAGUCAACGGCUCAUCCUAAAGCUAGAAAGCGUGUACAAACAGGCACCAACGAGACUGGAUCAAAUAAACUUAAUUUUAACAACUCUGGCAGACAAGCCCACCUUCUUUCCCUCAAAGGCUUGGACUUUAGAGCUUUAUGCCAGCAAUUAUGACAAUGUUAGCCGACCAUGCAGCCAGACAGCUGCUGGACUUUAACCAGAAACUGGAUAUCAACCUGCUGGAUAAUGUGGUCAACUGCUUGUACCAUGGAGCGGGGCCACAGCAAAGAAUGGCCCAAGAGGUGCUCACACACUUGAAGGAGCACCCAGACGCGUGGACACGAGUUGACACCAUUCUGGAGUUCUCUCAGAAUAUGAACACUAAAUACUAUGCUCUGCAGAUUCUGGAAACAGUUAUUAAAACAAGAUGGAAGAUUCUGCCCAGAAACCAAUGUGAAGGCAUCAAAAAGUAUGUUGUGGGGCUCAUUAUCAAGACUUCAUCAGAUGCCGCCAAUGUUGAGAAAGAGAAGGUGUACAUUGGAAAACUCAAUAUGAUAUUAGUACAGAUUUUGAAGCAGGAGUGGCCGAAACACUGGCCCACAUUUAUUAGUGACAUUGUUGGAGCGAGCCGCACCAGUGAAAGCCUGUGCCAGAACAACAUGAUCAUUCUGAAGCUCCUCAGCGAGGAGGUGUUUGACUUCUCUAGUGGGCAGAUGACACAGGUGAAGGCCAAACACCUAAAGGACAGCAUGUGCAACGAGUUCUCUCAGAUAUUCCAGCUGUGCCAGUUUGUGAUGGAAAAUUCCCAGAAUGCCCCACUGGUGCAUGCUACUUUAGAAACACUGCUGAGGUUUCUAAACUGGAUUCCAUUGGGUUAUAUCUUUGAAACUAAACUCAUCAGUACUUUGGUAUACAAGUUCCUAAAUGUGCCAAUGUUCCGCAAUGUGACGCUGAAGUGCUUGACUGAGAUCGCAGGGGUCAGCGUGAGCCAGUACGAGGAGCAGUUUGUCAGUCUUUUCACUUUGACCAUGAUGCAGCUCAAACAGAUGCUUCCCCUGAACACCAAUAUUCGACUGGCAUACUCAAAUGGUAAAGACGAUGAGCAAAACUUCAUUCAGAACCUCAGCCUGUUCCUCUGCACCUUCCUCAAAGAGCACGGACAGCUUAUAGAGAAGAGACUAAACCUCAGAGAGACUCUCAUGGAGGCACUGCAUUACAUGUUGCUGGUGUCAGAGGUGGAGGAAACUGAGAUCUUUAAGAUCUGUUUAGAGUACUGGAACCACCUGGCUGCUGAGCUCUAUAGAGAAAGCCCCUUCUCCACUUCUGCAUCUCCUCUCCUCUCAGGGAGCCAACACUUUGAUGUACCGCCCCGCAGACAACUGUACCUACCUGUGCUGUCCAAGGUGCGUAUGUUGAUGGUGAGUCGCAUGGCCAAGCCAGAAGAAGUUCUGGUUGUUGAGAAUGAUCAGGGGGAGGUGGUUCGGGAAUUCAUGAAGGAUACGGACUCCAUAAACCUUUACAAGAAUAUGAGAGAGACACUUGUCUAUCUGACCCAUUUGGACUAUGCCGAUACGGAGCGUAUCAUGACAGAGAAACUUCAUAAUCAGGUGAACGGUACUGAGUGGUCCUGGAAGAACUUAAACACGCUGUGCUGGGCCAUUGGCUCCAUCAGUGGAGCCAUGCAUGAAGAAGAUGAGAAGAGGUUCCUUGUCACAGUCAUAAAGGACCUGCUGGGUCUAUGCGAGCAGAAGAGAGGCAAAGACAACAAGGCUAUUAUCGCCUCAAACAUCAUGUACAUAGUGGGCCAGUACCCUCGAUUUCUACGCGCUCACUGGAAAUUCCUGAAGACUGUGGUCAACAAAUUGUUCGAGUUCAUGCAUGAAACCCACGAUGGAGUUCAAGACAUGGCAUGUGACACGUUCAUUAAGAUCGCUCAGAAGUGCAGAAGGCAUUUCGUGCAGGUGCAGGUGGGAGAGGUGAUGCCCUUCAUUGAUGAGAUCCUUAACAAUAUCAACACCAUCAUCUGUGACCUGCAGCCCCAGCAGGUGCACACGUUUUAUGAAGCUGUCGGCUACAUGAUUGGAGCGCAAACUGACCAGGCUGUGCAGGAGCACUUGAUCGAGAAAUACAUGCUGUUGCCCAACCAAGUGUGGGAUAGCAUCAUUCAGCAGGCCACCAAGAAUGUGGACAUCCUGAAGGAUCCAGAGACUGUAAAGCAGUUGGGAAGCAUUCUGAAGACCAAUGUUAGGGCAUGCAAAGCUGUGGGACACCCCUUUGUUAUUCAGUUAGGCCGAAUCUACCUGGACAUGCUUAAUGUAUACAAGUGCCUCAGUGAGAACAUCUCUGCUGCCAUCCAGACCAAUGGUGAGAUGGUGACCAAGCAGCCUUUGAUCAGGAGCAUGCGAACAGUGAAGAGAGAGACACUGAAGCUGAUCUCAGGCUGGGUCAGCCGCUCCAAUGAUCCACAGAUGGUGGGGGAGAAUUUUGUCCCUCCGCUGUUGGACGCUGUGCUCAUAGAUUACCAGCGCAAUGUCCCGGCAGCACGGGAACCGGAAGUUCUCAGUACCAUGGCAACGAUAGUAAACAAACUGGGUGGACACAUUACAGGAGAGAUCCCACAGAUAUUUGAUGCUGUGUUCGAGUGCACAUUAAACAUGAUCAACAAAGACUUUGAGGAAUACCCAGAACACCGGACACAUUUCUUCUACCUGCUGCAGGCGGUGAACUCUCACUGUUUCCCAGCAUUCUUGGCCAUCCCACCAGCCCAGUUUAAACUUGUGCUUGACUCUAUUAUAUGGGCUUUUAAACACACCAUGAGAAACGUGGCAGACACUGGUCUGCAGAUUCUCUACACGCUUCUGCAGAAUGUGGCCCAGGAAGAUGCAGCGGCACAGAGCUUUUAUCAGACUUACUUCUGUGACAUCCUGCAACACAUCUUCUCCGUUGUCACAGAUACAUCACACACAGCUGGUUUGACCAUGCACGCAUCUAUUCUUGCCUACAUGUUUAACCUUGUUGAGGAAGGAAAAAUCAGUGUGGUUUUGAAUCCCUCAAAUCCAGUCAACAACCAGGUGUUCAUCCAGGAGUAUGUGGCCAACCUGCUAAAAUCAGCAUUCCCACAUUUACAGGAUGCCCAAGUAAAAGUGUUUGUAACUGGCCUGUUCAGUUUAAACCAAGACAUCCCAGCAUUCAAGGAACACUUGAGGGAUUUCCUUGUGCAGAUCAAGGAAUUUGCGGGUGAGGACACCUCCGAUCUGUUCCUGGAGGAAAGGGAAGCCUCGCUGCGUCAGUCCCAGGAGGAGAAACACAAACUGCAGAUGUCCGUGCCUGGCAUUCUCAACCCACACGAAAUACCUGAGGAGAUGUGUGACUGAGUUCACAAAGACGCACACCACACACGCUGACUUGUAAACAAACCAAACACACGACUAAAGCGGCAGUGUUGUGGCUGCUGUCCUGUAGGGCAUCUGUGUGUUUUCCUGUACGUGUGUGUGUAAGUACUUUAGGAUCUUCCUGUGAGGAGGUGAUUUCGGCACUUGGCUGUCUCUUGACCAAAACAAUGCCAAUAUGUAAAUGAUAUCGUCACCCAGUGGCCCUAAUUGCAUAGUACAUGUUUCAUAGACACUUUUGUGUAUAAUCUUUCCAUUGUUAACAGCUUUCGUUUGGUCACUGUAAUCUGAAUGCUGCUGCAUGACGUGUCACAUCUGUACAAUUAACUCUCUGUGUGCGCUCUCUCUUUUUUCGGUCGUUCCUCCUUCUCCCAUUUUCUCCUUUCAUACAUAAUGUAUUUGUUCAUGUAUAUUAUAUAUAGAAGAGCAGAGAGCAGUUUGUUGUGUUUGCUAAAUGCUGUACGUGCUCUGGCAGUGGGCAGAUGUGCCUGGUGUCAAUGUUUGUGUCUGAUCGCUGCCAUUGAGCAGCCAAAGAGAAUGUUGAUGAAUGUCAAGGAUCGGUGAGGUCGCAGUGGUGCUCAGUGGCUGAAGAUUUGGGACGCUGUGUGUACGGGAUGGGUUGAGUGAGGAGCUGAAAGCAGCUUGGGACUAGAGCUCGAUGCUUCCUGAGAGGAGCAACUGAACGUGAACUGGCGGAACUGUCUGUUACUCUGGUUCGGGUCCGUUUGGACUCUGCGAAGACACUCUGUUUGCUUUUCUGCACAGGAAUGUUCAGCAGCCCUCUACAUGUUCAUAUCAGCAUAAUUGUACAGCAUCUUUACUACCAUGGGAACACACGGAUGUUUCGUCCUGUUUUGUUGUGGGUGUGCGAGCGUGUGUGUUGUCGCUGAGCCGACAUCAGGUUUUUUGUUUUCCUCAAUGAGGACGGUUGCUCCUUUUGUGAGCUUUCAUUAAAAUUGAAGUUUAAAAAAGUGGUUGAAUAUUUAUGUGUUCUUUUAGGCUUACACCUUUAUAACUGCUCCUGUUAACUCACUCAGAGACGGCUUUGGAGUUUUUUGAAUUGUACUAAUUUACAUUGUUUACCAUGCUGUAGUGCUGCAGGACACUACGUAGAGCGAAAUAAAUCUCAGUUUACAUUUGAUUUUGUAUUUUUGCAUUUUUGACUUGUAUCUUAAGGUCCUGUCCAAAUAAAGUAAAACUGUUUAGAAAACGGUGGAAAUUCUCAUUAGGAAAAAGAAUCUACCGAUCCAAACAAUGCAUUGAAUCAUUGGUGAAUUCCCUCUUCAUGUGUUACAUUUGUUGUGAAACUUUUUGAACUGAUUAAAGUUGAAAG